AUGGAGGUGACCGCGGACCAGCCGCGCUGGGUCAGCCACCACCACCCCGCGGUGCUCAACGGGCAGCACCCGGACUCGCACCACCCGGGCCUCGGCCACUCGUACAUGGACCCGGCGCAGUAUCCGCUGACGGAAGAGGUGGACGUCCUUUUUAACAUCGAUGGCCAAGGCAACCACGUCCCGUCCUACUACGGAAACUCGGUCAGGGCUACCGUGCAGAUCUCCUCUUUCCCCGCCAUCGCUGGCGUCGCAGGAAGCCAGGUAUGCCGCCCGCCUCUGCUGCACGGAUCCCUGCCUUGGCUGGAUGGCGGCAAAGCCCUGAGCAGCCACCAUACCGCUUCGCCCUGGAACCUCAGCCCCUUCUCCAAGACGUCCAUCCACCACGGCUCUCCAGGGCCGCUGUCUGUCUACCCUCCGGCUUCAUCCUCUUCUCUGGCCGCGGGCCACUCCAGUCCGCAUCUCUUCACCUUCCCGCCCACCCCUCCUAAGGACGUCUCCCCAGACCCGUCGCUGUCCACCCCGGGAUCGGCCGGAUCGGCCAGGCAAGAUGAGAAAGAGUGCCUCAAGUAUCAGGUGCCGCUUCCUGAUAGCAUGAAGUUGGAGGCGUCCCACUCCCGAGGCAGCAUGACCACCCUGGGAGGGGCCUCGUCCUCAGCCCACCACCCCAUUACUACCUAUCCGCCCUACGUGCCCGAGUACAGCUCCGGACUCUUCCCACCCAGCAGCCUGCUGGGAGGAUCCCCUACCGGGUUCGGAUGUAAAUCGAGGCCCAAGGCGCGAUCCAGUACAGAAGGCAGGGAGUGUGUGAACUGCGGGGCCACCUCCACCCCACUGUGGCGGCGAGACGGUACUGGGCACUAUCUCUGCAACGCCUGUGGACUCUACCAUAAAAUGAAUGGACAGAACCGGCCCCUUAUCAAGCCCAAGCGAAGGCUGUCGGCAGCGAGGAGAGCAGGGACAUCCUGUGCGAACUGUCAGACCACCACCACCACCCUCUGGAGGAGGAACGCUAAUGGAGACCCUGUCUGCAAUGCCUGUGGACUCUACUACAAGCUGCACAAUAUUAACAGACCCCUGACUAUGAAGAAGGAAGGCAUCCAGACCCGAAACCGGAAGAUGUCUAGCAAAUCCAAAAAGUGCAAAAAGGUGCAUGACGCGCUGGAGGACUUCCCCAAGAGCAGCUCCUUCAACCCAGCCGCCCUCUCCAGACAUAUGUCUUCCCUGAGUCACAUCGCCCCGUUCAGCCACUCCAGCCACAUGCUGACCACGCCGACGCCCAUGCACCCGCCCUCCGGCCUCUCCUUUGGACCUCACCAUCCUUCCAGCAUGGUCACCGCCAUGGGGUAGAGAGCCCUGCUCCACAAGUUCAACGAGUCUCCGAGUCUGCAAAGAGUCCCUCUGACCCCUUCCACUUGCGUUUUUGCAGGAGCAGUAUCAUGAAGCCCGAAAGCGACAGAUCUGUGU